AUGACAUCUCGAACUGACCGUCCGCUCAUUCUUAUCGGUUCUGGGCCGGGAAUUGGGAGGCAUAUCGCUUGCGAGUUUGCCUCGAGGAGGUUUAACAAGGUUGCGCUCCUCGCCCGCAAUGCCGAGAGACUGGCAGAAGACCAGGCGGCAAUCAAGGCUGCUACAGAUGACAAAACCGAAGUGAAGACAUAUCCUGUUGACAUAACCAAUGAGGAAGAAUUCAUUGCCACGCUGGACAAGAUUGAGAAGGAGAUGGGAUCACCAGAGGUUUUCUACUACAAUGCAGCCAGAGUCGCGCUCAGCAAACUUCUUGAAUCUGAGGGCAGGGAGAUGGAAUACGAUUUCCAGAUCAAUUGCACAUCGCUAUACACCGCUGCCAGAUGGGCCAUCCCGCGUCUAGUGUCACUGGCCGACGCAGACGCGGAUGCACGGCCCUCAUUGCUGGUGACAAGCUCCUUGCUGCCAUUGGACCCUAUCCCAGACAUGUUCGCCCUCUCCAUGGCCAAGGCAGCUCAAAGAAACAUGACGCAGUCGCUCGCCAAGGUGUACGGCCCAAAAGGCGUCCAUAUCGGCAUGAUUCUUGUGGGCGGCCCCGUGGACCCAGCUCAUGCCACGCUGAGCCCAUCCAACAUUGCGUCUUGCACAUGGGGAUUGUUUGAGGAGCCAAAGGAAAAGCAGACCUUUGAGAUUCAGGUUGUAUAA